UCGGGGCCGGGCGGGGCUGAGGGAGCGGGACGGGCCCGGGCCCCGAGUGAGGGCAAAGGGGACACCGGGGGCGCCGGGGACACCGGGGAAGGCCGGGGGGAACGGGCCAGGCCUGGGGGUCCCUUUUGGACCCCCCUCAGAGGAUUUGAGGGAUGCCCAAGAAAUUCCAGGGGGAGAACAGCAAGUCGGCGGCGGCGCGCGCCCGCAGGGCCGAGGCCAAGGCGGCGGCGGAGGCGCGGCGGCAGCAGGAGCUGGAGGAUGAGCUCUGGAAGGACGAGGACAAACACGUCCUGAGGAAGGAGCAGAGGAAGGAGGAGCGGGAGAAGCGGCGGCUGGAGCAGCUGGAGCGCCGCAAGGAGCUGCAGCGCCUGCUGGAGGAGGAGGAUUCCAAGCUCAAGGGGAAAACUCCCAAGCAGGGAAAUCCCGGGAAAAUCACCCGGGCACAGAUCGAGGAGAACGUCCGGAAGGAGCAGCAGCAGAAGGAAAACGCCGACGGAGUGGAGAAGGAGAAAUCCCACCUGGAAUUGCCUCUGGAGGAGAACCUGAACCGGCGGCUGCCCGAGGAGGGCGCGGUGGAGGCGCGGAGCAUCGAGGACGCCAUCGCCGCCCUCAGCGUGUCCCAGCCCCAGGAGCGUCACCCCGAGCGCCGUCUCCGCGCCGCCUUCGCCGCCUUCGAGGAGCUGCAGCUGCCGCGCCUGAAACGGGACAAUCCCAACAUGCGGCUGAGCCAGCUCCGGCAGCUCCUGAAGAAGGAGUGGAUGAAAUCCCCGGAAAACCCCAUGAACCAGCGGCACAAGGCCUACAACAGCCACAAAUAGGACUGCAGCAUUCCCGGACUGGGAUUCUCCCGGGAAAAUCCUCCCGGGAAAAUUCUCCCCGCGGGUUUCGCUUCUUUUUCCUCUCUCUCUCUCUCUCUCUCUCUCUCUCCCUCUCUCUCUCUUUUUCUCUCUCUCUGUCUCCGUGGAUUUCUCGAGGUCGGACUGAUGGCGCCUUCUCCUUCCCCAAAUUCCCUGGAAAAAGCAGCUCCCAGCAGCUCCCGGGCUGUCCUUGGUGUUCCCUCCGUGGAAUUCUGGAGCCGCCGCGUGGGAAACGCUCCCGGAGCGCGAUCCCGAAAUGAUUCCAGAGCGGGAUCUCCCUCGGGUAUCCCUGGGGCCGUUUCCUUUGGGAUUGGGAGAUCCCUGGAAUCCCUUGGGAUUGGGAGAUCCCUGCUCUUGUUUCCCUUGGGAUUGGGGUAUCCCUGGAAUCCCUUGGGAUUGGGAGAUCCCUGGAAUCCCUUGGGAUUGGAAUAUCCCUGGAAUCCCUUGGGAUUGGGGUAUCCCUGGAAUCCCUUGGGAUUGGGGUAUUCCUGAAAUCCCUUGGGAUUGGAAUAUCCCUGAAAUCCUUUGGGAUUGGGGUAUCCCUGGAAUCCCUUGGGAUUGGGAGAUCCCUGGAAUCCUUUGGGAUUGGGAGAUCCCUGCUCUUGUUUCCCUUGGGAUUGGGAGAUCCCUGAAAUCCUUUGGGAUUGGGAGAUCCCUGGAAUCCCUUGGGAUUGGGAUAUCCCUGGUGCCAUUUCCUUUGGGAUUGGUAUCCCUGCUCCUGUUUCCUUUGGGAUUGGGAUAUCCCUGGAAAUCCCUGCUCCUGUUUCCUUUGGGAUUGGGCUAUCCCUGAAAUUCCUGGUGCCAUUCCCUUUGGGAUUGGGCUAUCCCUGAAAUCCCUGCUCCCAUUUCCUUUGGGAUUGGGAUACCCCUAGAAAUCCCUGCUCCUGUUUUUCUUGGGAUUGGGAUCUCCCUGCUCCCGUUCCCUUUGGGAUUGGCUGUCCCUGAAAUCCUGCUCUCAUUUCUUUUGGGAUUGGAAUAUCCCUGAAAUCCCUUGGGAUUGGGAUCUCCCUGCUCCCGUUCCCUUUGGGAUUGGGCUAUCCCUGAAAUCCUGCUCUCAUUUCUUUUGGGAUUGGAAUAUCCCUGAAAUCCCUGGUGCCAUUCCCUUUGGAAUUGGAGCUCUCCUUGUCCCUUUGGGAUUGGGAAGAGGGAAAAUCCCUCCGGGAGGAGCGGGAAAAGCCUUUCCUGGGGCAGGGGAGGAGGGGACAGCAGCGCCAGGCGGCUCCAGGUGACAUUCCCUGGAAAAAGCAGCUCCCAGGCUGUCCCUGUCACUCCCUCCUCGGAAUUCCGCAGCCACCACAUGGAAAACGCUCCCAGGGCGUCACCCUUGGUGUCCCUGAAGAUUCCAGAGCGGGAUCCCCGCUCCAGCCUCGGGAUUUUGGGAGCAGCAGGGUCGGGAAGAGGGAAAAUCCCUCAGGAAGGAAGGGGGGGAGCCGCUCCCCAGCCCGAUUCCCGCUUUUCCAGAGGGGGACAGGUGACAUUCCCGGUGUCCCCAGGGAUGCUGGAGCCCCAAAUCCACCCCGAGAAGGGAAAUUCCUGCUUUUCCCAUCCCUUUUUCCUCUUUCCCGGGCUCAGGAGCCUUGGGAAGGGGGAGUGACAUUCCCUGUGGGAAUGCUGAGCUCCCUUGGGAAUGCCGGAAUCCUCGGGAACACUGGAAUCCUCGGGAAUGCCAAUCCCGGGUUUUCCCCCCUUCCUUUGGGAAUUAAAUCCCUUCCCAGGAACCAGCCUGGAGGUGCCACCGAGCUUCCCAAAAAUCCCAUGGGAUUCAUCCAGGCUCAUCCUUUUCCCUCUUUUUUUUGGGGGUUGCUCCUCCCCCUGGGCUGGUCCCUGUUCCCGAAUCCCAGAAUUCCCAAAUCCAGCCAGGGAGGAGUGACCCCCCCCCCCCUUCCCCUCCCCAGCCCUUUCUGUGAGUUUGGUGUGUUUGAAUCCAAUUAAAAAUAAUAAUAAAA